AUGGCACCUGUUCUCACCUCCAACCCGACCCUCACACUGACUCCCGAACCUCUUACACCGAUCAACUUCGCACCAUUCGGCACAGCAAUCUGCUCUCCCAUCCCACGAGACCUCAAUGUCGCUCCCCAGCCCUCAAACCUCCCACCAUACAACCCAGCUCCGGUCCUGGCAAACCAAAACUCCGCCCUAAAAUACAGUCCCAUUUCCCCAAUGCUCGAUCGUUAUGCCACCGGCCCAUCUGGGACAGCCAGCUCCGCGCGUAUGACAAUGUUCUGCUGCUUCCCGCGCCCAUUGCGUACGAUCACGCAGAGUCGAGGCUCCGAGAAAGAGGUGUUCGAUGUGCGUAUUCUCGAGCGCCACCCGUUUACGAACCAGACAUUCAUCCCGGUCGAUCUGUCAAGCCACUCGAAGGUCGGUAAUGGAGAAGAGGAACCUAUCUUCUUGGUUGUUGUCGCACCUACACUGAAAGGCGAGGUCGCGACGGCGAAGAACGCUGCGGGCGAGACGAUCACUAUUCGGGAUCCACCUGAUCUUAAGAACAUCAAGGCAUUUAUUGCGCAUGGGGGGCAAGCUGUGACAUACGGUGUUGGCACGUGGCACGCGCCCAUGGUGGUUUUGGGUCGUCGACGGGUGGAUUUCGUUGUGGUGCAGCAUGUGAACGGGGUUGAUGAUGAGGAUUGCCAGGAGGCUGCAUUUGGAGAGGGUAUUGUGGUGGACUUGGGCGGGAAGGGAGAAUAUGGACGAAGGACGAAUGAUCCACCGAAGCUGUGGACGGCGAAGCUCUAG